AUGCUGGGGAGGCUGCUGGGGCGCAGCCCCAGGCGGUGGCGGGUGGCUUGGCUGGUCCUGCACCCUGCCAGAGCCUUCGGGGACAGAGCGAAGGACGCUCAGGAUAUGGCUCUGCGGACAGCUAAUCCAGGUUACAAAGCUUUCAGAAAUGACAGAAGGCCUACAAAUUUUGAUAAAAAGGUGUUAGUAUGGGCAGGAUGCUUUAAAAAGGAGGAGGACAUUCCCAAGCACAUAUCGUCUGAGGUCCUUGACGCAGCGAGGAGCAGCGUCAGGAUAAAGGUUUGCUACAUCAUGAUUGCACUGACCUUGCUGGGCUGUUUGGCCAUGGUAAUCACCGGCAAAGAAGCUGCUAAAAGGGAUCACACGCUGCUGAGGAUCAACACGGAAAAGAAGGCCAAGUGGAGGGCUGGAGUGGAGAAAGAUCAGGAGGCAGCUAUUGGGAAACCACAAUGA